AGUUAGGUUGUACAUAUAGAGAGGCAUAUGGGGUUACACGUUUGACUGCACCGGUGUACUAGUAAGUAUGCUCAGAUCUAGAUCUCCGUCCGAAGUUAGUAUUAGUCAUGUUUUACACUUUUUACGUACAGAGUUAUAAAAUGAUUAUCAGGAUUCAGCGUAGUACGUUCAUCCGCAUGACUCGAAUUCAGACUCUAGAGCCUUUGCGGGGCCCGUAUCACUUACUGGGAAUGUGGUGGAAGAUCGUUGAAACAUCCCUUAUCAGUCCCUCCUCCCCCAGCUUGUACUAGUCCACGUAUCCGAAUUCAGAACUCAUCAUGCAGACGACGACGACGGCUCAAGGUCUUACGGUUUCGCACCAUCCGACAGUUGACCCUCAUCACGAAGUUAAAGACAGUGACAAACACAAUGGACAAGUUGAAAUGCGUCUGGGGUCACCUGAAAGUGAUUCAAAGGCAGCGUCUGUCUCUGACCUGAAAGCCCAAACAAAAGGUCAGCGGCUGCGCGCGAGAGUGCAGUUUGCGACAGCUUGUGGGUCGAUGUACCUAGCUGGAUGGAAUGAUGGGUCGACUGGUCCAUUGCUCCCCCGCAUACAGUCAGUGUACGGCCUGAAUUUCGCUGUCGUAUCUCUGAUAUUCGUAUUCGCAUGUGUUGGCUUCCUAUCAGGAGCAUUCGCAAAUCUAUAUCUCAACGGCAGAUUCGGUUUUGGGAAGUCGCCUUAUGAUUGCUCAGGAUCGGCGUGUCAAGUUAUAGCGUACGCCAUAGAAGCGGCGGCCUUGCCAUUUCCUGCAUUCGUGCUAGGUUACGCCAUCAAUGGCUUUGGAAUGGCUUUACAGGACGCACAAUCGAAUGGUUUUGUGGCCAGUCUCAAGGAUAACCCCGAGGUCAAAAUGGGGAUCCUCCAUGCGGUAAGUGCUGGCGCUUUGUCGUCCCCUUUAGUAGCAACGCAAUUUGCUCAGCUCCCGCAUUGGUCAUUUCACUUCCUGUGUAGCCUCGGCGUUGCGUUCAUAAACCUUGUAUCGUUGAUCGCGGUCUUUGGGCUGAAAACACAGGAUGAAUGCCUCGCUCAGAUUGGACAGCCGGCUGGCGAAAAGGGAACGAGUGAAAAGAGCCAGUUCAACCAGAUAUUGCGACUCAGAGAAGUGCACCUCCUUGCCUUCUUCAUAUUGAUAUAUGUAGGAGUGGAAGUCACUGUAGGAGGCUGGAUGGUGACGUACAUAAUCGACGUGCGCGGAGGAGGCCCAAGUUCAGGAUACAUAUCAUCGGGAUUUUUCGGAGGUCUCAUGAUUGGCCGUGUCGGUCUUUUGUGGGUGAACAAAAAGGCAAGUCUCUAUCCCGUCGGGGAACGUCGUGUCUUAUUCAUUUACUCCGCCCUCGCAAUUGGGCUGCAACUAAUAGUAUGGCUGGUCCCUUCACUCAUUGGUGGAGGCGUGGCGGUCGCCAUAAUCGGUGUAUUUUUGGGACCGAUGUACCCCAUCGCUAUGAAUCACACAGUACGAAUCCUCCCUGAGUGGCUCGUCACAGGGUCAAUUGGCUGGAUUGCAGGCUUUGGGCAGGCAGGUUCUGCGCUCUUACCAUUCUUAACCGGUGCCAUUGCUUCGAAGACGGGAAUCAAGAGUUUACAGCCAUUUCUCGUUUCGAUGAUGGUGUUUAUGACCGUCUUGUGGGCUUUAGUGCCGAGAACUGCUAGGAGAAUUGAAUGACAUAUGCUCCGUUGGCUGUGUCUCGUGGAGGGUCUGACAUGUACUCUCACAUCUAAUGACUUCAUUAUGAACACCCCCCUGAGUUGUCCGUGAAUUCUGGCAAGUUCCGCCCAUUGCCCAAUGUCCACAAAACAUAAGUGCUGGGCCUAGAACUUGACAGCUGUACCAUUUUGAAGAGUCGUGGCUGAUAUAGAAGGAACAACCAUCUUCCUCCUAUUGGUCGAGGGGAGACUAAAUUCGCCAUGGAUAACUCGUGCUGAAACAAAACAACAAACAAGGUAAAUACGAAGAGCAAAAUUACCUCCACUGACCCCCAAGGUUAGUUAACC